GCCAGCCCGCAGCCGGCCCCCGCGGGCCUGCCCACCCUGCUGGCCUACAGGCCCGAGGCCCCGCCGGCAACCGUACACCGCGAGUCCCCGCUGUCCCCGCUGUCCCCUCCACGGCUGCAGGCAGAGGAGGAUGCUGAGCCGACCUGCGAGUACUGUGGCGACCUGCUGAAGCCGUUCCCCUUCUCUGAGGACAUCCCCCUCUCCGAGGAACAGGCAGACAGAUUCUGCUGCCAGCGCAGCCGAGAGCUCUACGAGUUCAUCGCCAAGGAGAGGAAGAGGCUCGAGGAUGCCAGCAGCAUUCCCGGAGCUGUCAGCAGUCAGGAGUCACUCGGCUCUGAAACCAGCCUGCUGCUGUCAAAGGAGCAAGAGAACCGCAGGCAGCAGAAAAGACAGCUGGCCAGAGAGUUGGCUGACCAGUCUUUAAAGCCAAGUGCCACUGCAGGUUCACAGCAAGCUGCAUCCGUUUCCUACGAGCUUUUCCCGGAACUCACAUCUCCCACCAGCGGGACACCAGAGCCUGUUGUGAGUGCAGCCAAGCCCGAGCCUGAGCCCGAGCCCAAACCCAAGCCCCAGCCCACGGAGGAGCCCGAGCCGGAGCCCCGGCCCAAGGGGCAGCCCGAGCCGGAGCCCGCUCUCAAGAAGGAGCCCGAGCCGGAGGCCUGGCCCAAGGAGGAGCCCGAACCCGAGCCUGGUUUCGAGAAGGAGCCCGAGCCGGAGCCCGGUGUCGAAGAGGAGCCCGGUCUGGAGAAGGAGCCCGGUCUGGAGGAGGAGCCCGGUCCCGAGGAGGAGCCCGGUCCCGAGGAGGAGCCCCAGCCGGAACCCAAGCCCAAGAAAGAGCCCAAGCACAAGGAGCCCGAUUCCCGCGGCAUCCUCCACGAUUUCAGCCUUCUGGGGAAGAAGGUGGGGAAGGCUAAAUUGGUGCAGAAGUACUACAAAAAUGGAAAGAAAUUCCUUACCAUGCUCCCAGACGGAACCUCACAGUUAUUCUAUCCAUCUGGAAACCUGGCCAUCAUCAUCAUACGAGGGAGGGACCAGCUGAUUUGCAUAGUACAGGAAGAUGAGCUGAAGACAACCAAGAUCCGAGCACUCUUUCAGUCUGACGGCAGGAGCACGUGCUAUUACCCGAACGGAGCUGAGUGGAUAAAUAUGAGUAUCCAGGGUGGGCAGUAUUUGGACCAAACAGGCAACAGGGUCAGAAGGUGGAUGUGGCCAGAGUUGUCACCAGGACCCCACGCGCCACUGAGCCCCAUUUUCGUCUCCCUGAACCGCCACGUGGGGGUCAGGAUCCUGGCCCAGGACAAGAUCUUCGUCUCCUUCCUCGCCAAGGGGCGACAAGCAAAAUUCAACAUGGGAACCAAAGUGCAGGUCGGCGCUGGCAGCCAGCCUCCUCCUGCCCGCCUGGGAGAGGAUGAGCUCCUGCUGCUUGCCUUCCGCGUCAGGAUCCUGCAGCUCUUCGACAGGAUGCGCGGAUGCAUCAACUUCCCUUCCAGCGAGCAGUGGAACAAAAUCCAGCCUCCCAUGUACCUCAUGACCCAGGCUGUGAAGAUCCUGGAGCUCUGCAUGGCUGCUGACAUCAGUGAUGAGCUGCGCAGCUCCAUCAAGGCCAUAGUAAACGCACAGUAGCUCUGCCCAGUGUGUGUGG